AUGUGAAGAAGAGCACGGAAAGAAUCAAUGAGAAUCAUACGAAAUAUAUUCCUCGGUGGGCCGGUGGCUUCCUUUCCUUCUCCCACAUAAAAUCACACGUGUCUUGCAACGACCUCUGCCAUUCCCAGCUGCAUCGAAUUGUACGUUGGAACUUGGAACAAUUCUUCAGGCUUCGACACCGAACCGGGCAAUCUCGUCCAAAACGUACAACCGAAGAAGCAGCCUUUAGCAAUCAAGCUUUUUACUUGUUUUGGCUUAGGAUAAGCUCAAUCUGAGAAGAUCAAAUCAAUAUUUCACUAGCAUCACAGAUUCACAAGUUGUCGGAAAAGGGCAUAUUCCUGUGUUUCCCAGUUCAUAAUUUGGGUAAGGCCGCUUUUGGGUUCAAGGUUAUUAGCUUUCUCAUCUCUGUUUCCUCCACAAAAUCGUCAGGAAAAUAUCCAUCAAUUGCAGAUCUGAUCGUCACCUAAAUCAGUCAAUUAUCGAAGGAAUCAAUCACAGUCAUGGCGACUACCGAGUUUCUGCGAAGAGAAGCAGACCUUCUCCUUUCAUCUCCCUUGAUUGAGCUUCGUAAAGGUUUCAAAUCGACGUUCUCGGAGAUGGCUAAAUGAUCGUUUGUUGAUGGAACUUGUUCCUCGGUUGAAUGCAGAAGAAAUCAGAGGCUUAUUUGCUCCACCACCAUGGGGUGAUGAUGUGCCACCAUCAGCAUUUUGCAUGACGAACAUUGGAGAAUGGGACAAGUUUAGGAAUAUAGACAUGGAUAAAGAGGCAAAUAUUAUUGGUGCCUUAAAUAGCUCAUCUAUGAAGAAGAAAUUUCAUGGUGAUGGUGAUAAGAUGGCUGUCUUGAAUGCAUGGCAAAGAAUUGAUUGUCGAACAAGGGAGGCACUAAGACGUAGUUUUCUUUCAGAGCUUAUUGCAGGCUAUGAGGAUUGCAUAAGAACCUUCAUCAAGGAAAGUGGAGAUGGAGAUGUCCUUGAAUUACAGGUCCAAGAUCCUUUCCACAGAUUAUUGCUGCAUGGUGUCUGUGAGUUCUACAACUUGGUCUCGGUAACAGUUACGCAGUCAAAGGAUGCAAAGUCACUGAAGGUGACAAGGAUAAAGAGGAAGAAGACGGGUGUGGUUGAGCUCCCGAAUCUCACGUUGUCCCAUUUCCUGAAAAUGUCAAAGGAGGGCAUUUGGUAGUUCUAUGGGCAGGAAUUCUCAUCCAUGUUGAUAAAUAAAAUUGGUUUGCAAUGUUGCACUCUAACUUCAUGUAUCUUGAUGAAGUAAUUCAUUUGCCUUUAGUCAUCACCUGUACAAAGCUAGGGUGGCUAAAUUUAUAAUUUCUUCCAGUCAACAAAACUGGUUGAUUGCAAGUUUAGGGUCUAGUUAAGAAACGUGAUUCCUUCAAACUCUUGUUGUACUUUAUAUGGAUAGUCCCGUAUAUCUGUUCCUGGUCAACAGCUACCCCCUUUUUUUUUUUUGAGUGUUUAUUUUACAGCUGAAAUGGCUCAUGAUAUUUGUGGCUUUUAAGACCAUAAGUCAUAUUCAAGUUAUUCUGGUUAAAAUUUAGAGGAAGAAAAUCCGAGAAAGGGAUAUGAUCA